CUCGUGAUGUCAGGAGGCGAGUACAGAGAGUUGAUUUUUUUUAAAGCAUAGGAAAACUCGUUCAGAUUCUAAUUAUAUAUAAACACAUUUGGUAUUAACUCACUGUAAUGGAUGCUAUGAAACGACGGAGGAGAGAUGUGCUGCACCGCUGUAUGCUGCCGAGUCAAAUAAGUGUCAUCGAUUAACUGCUCUGUUUUGCUUCCUCGUCUGGGAUUUCUUCGCCUUCAGCUAAUAUGACACGGCAUGUUUUGGAACAGGUGACAGAUUUCGGCGAUUUUACACAAGGUAAAGAACUGAAAGACUUUCUACAGCAGUGUUCUGCGAGGAAUUCUUCAAAAUGCUGCUUGUCCAACAUCCGCAUUAGUCCCGAUGGGCGACACGUCCACAUUAUCCAGCGAGCUCCGAGGACUGGUCUCAUGACCCAUGACAGAUAUCACAGAGCUCACCUACUACAGUGCCAGGAGCAUCUGGAUUUAGUGCUGACACGGAAUGUCUCGAUAGUUGACCUACUUUAUUUCAAACAAAACGCGCAAGAGGACGGAGUGCUUCUCCUUGGAAUAAUAUUUGAGAAUGGCAAAGCUGAAUUGUGGAAAUUCUCCGAGCGUAAAUCCGGAUGGAGCUUGAUCCAGACUGUGGAUCUCAGUCUCAACCCUAAAGCCAAAGUCGUUUCUGUUUGCAUCAGUCAGAAUUUCAUCAUAUGGUGUGAGGAGAGACCUCCCUCCGAGAGCUCUACAGUCUCCAGUGUGAAUCGCAGUGACUUCACGUGCUGCGUCUGUAAAAGGACUUUUGAUGUCGACGAGCGAGGUAUCUCCUUGGGUGGAGUGAAAACUGCGCUGCACAAUAAUCCUCAUUAUUCAGUAAUCAAUAGUGGAGAUAUUGUAUAUUUGUUCCCAGAUCUCAAUAAUAACUCUUGCAACAGUGUUAUAAAAGUGUUUUUAUCGUGGUCCCCUCAGAACGAUGUCUUUAAGGUCAACAGUGCCACUGAUGGAACGCUCCUCAUAAGAAAUUCAACAGCACACAAUCAGUUUGACUUUAAGACUCUGGUCACUGACUGCAUCGGAUAUUUGUCCACCGUAGCCCCGCCUGACAUUCACUGUUAUAGCCCCACUGGACAUGGGGACAUCCUGCUCCUCCUUAGCUCUGGGUGGGUUUGCAUUAUGCGAAGAGAUGGAAUUCUACGUCAGAUUUAUAAACUCCCUGACAACUGCCUCACUACACGUGGUACUCAAAACAGCCUAAACUUGUAUGAUGAUGUCAUUGCGCUAACAGUGGGCAGGAUGAUGUACCUUUUUGACAUUAAGUGUGGCAUGGAGUUGGAGAGAAUCCCAUUAAAAAGGGAGGGUCUCCUGUUUGUUAACUCUUCAGAGACCUAUUCACCGCAGAUGUUCUCAGAGGCUGGGUUAUAUAUGGUAAUUGAGAAGGAGAUUGAAACAAAAUCCCAGCCAUCAGGUGCUCACAUAGAGAAUAUUAACUUAUGUGCUGUCUUGGUUGAGGCUGUGUUCGAGGAGGCAUGUAAGUAUUACCAACAGAGAAGUCUUAGCACCACACAGCUAACAGCUGAAAAACUCAAGAAUGGUGGGAUGUUUCAGGCCCCUAUCGCACUGGCCGACAUAAUCAAGAAUUAUUUGGGUAACAGUAAGAUGGUAACAACAGGGAAGGAUUCUUCAGGACAUGAGAAACUGUUAGGCUAUCUUGAAUCUGAGAUGAAGAGUCUCAUUGCCCUGGAGGACAUUAAAGCGUCAGUGGUAAAAGCCUCAGAAAAAGAUCUAUGGAGUUAUUGUGAGACUCUGGUUCAGCAGGAACUUUUCAGAUUACUUAGCUCAGAAAUUGAUAGAGAAAAUUUACAAUAUCUCAAUAGCAUGUUCCAACUGUUUCCUAUCCAAAGCUGGCAAGCAGUACAGGCUGUGCUCCAGCUCAGAUGCAGUGGUGAGGGCUCUUUAUCUACUAAAGCUCCUGCUGAAUUAUGGAAGAGCGUUUUAAGCACUGUCCAAGCAACUCCCAACUACUGCAAUAGUCAGCAGAAAACCCCCCCAGCUAAUGGCACAUUGCCAGUCUUUGAGUUGGUGUGUCAGUCUAUGUUUAAAUUCCAGCCCAGCUGGCUUCCUAAGUUUCUGGAGCUGGCACAGCAGCAGUCCAUCUCCUCAUCUGCAUCUUCGUGGAGCUUUGGAAAAGAGAAGUCUGAGAGUCUACCUUUGUAUAAACGGGCUCUUGCUGUCAUUCCCUGUAAAAGUACCUGCCAGGACUUGGAGGUAGAGCUGCUGUUGUGUAGCCAGCGGCCAAAUGCAGUAAUGCAAGCACUCCGGAUGCUCAUAGGGCAAGGCAAGUGGGACCGUGUUACCCAGGUGGCAGAGAGGUACUGCCGUCAAAGCCCUCUUCUUAAUAAGGAGAUUUUUACCACGCUACUGAGUGAGGUAUCUCAGCACAGAAACCUGGACCCCUACCUGGACUUACUGUGGACCCUUUGUCCAGAAGACAUGACUGUUACUGGAAUUUUAAACCUAGUGCUCAAAAAUUUGCCUCCUAAUACACAGUCCUCAGGCCCAUUCCAGGGACAUUCGCAGGGGAGUCAGCUCACCAUUGGGCAUCUAAAGCCUCUGCUAAGUAAAGUUCUCCAGCGAGAAAGGAGAUCCAGCCUGAGAUAUGCAGACAUUCUCCAGUCCCCUACUCUCUUUCCUCCUACACGUCAGCGUCAGGUUUUGGAGGUCGACACUGAGCUGGACAUUGACCUAAAGGAGAAAAUUCCAUCUGGAUGUGAAAUCACCCCUGACUGACAUUUCCAGACGCACAUCAGAUCAUUAUUGUCACUAACUGUGGUUCUUGCACAGACCAAACACUGUUGGCCUUAGAGUUAUUGCUCAUAUCAGAUAUAGCAGCCUAAAUGGGGCCUACAUUAAAAAGACUUUGAAAAUAUUAAUGGGUCUGUAGUUAAGUGUACAGUUUAAGUAUGGCCUCUUUUUAUUACAUUUAAAAUGUUUUUUUGAGCAACAUUUUAUGUUUUUUGGUUUAAUAAUAAUUCAAUUUAUUUUGAAUGUGUCCUUAUUUGAACAUGGAACCUGAUAAAAAGGCACAUUCUUUUAUACUGGCCUGAACCACGUGGGUGUCAAUGCCAGGUCAUAAUGCAUUUUAUAUUAAAUGUGUUCAACUUGUUACUUUAUUUGCAAAUAGAACAAGCCUUGCUUUAUUCAAAUGUAACAACUGUGUGCUGUUGUAGCCCAGUGAAGCAGCUUGAGGUUCAAUCAUUACAGCAAAUCUAUUCACACUUAGUGUGGAGCUGGACUGAGCCAUGCUGUCCCACUUCUGGCAGUGAAAAUGUAAUUAUUGCUAUAACACUACGGAUGAUGUUGCCUAAAUGUGCAUAAUAAUAAUUAGACUUAACUAUGGUCAGUAAUGCAGUAAAGAUAUAAUAGAAUGUUAAAAACUAAAAUAUAGAAAUUCACUCAAAAUCGAAAGAAAUUUUUUUUAUUUACAGACAGAUGAUUAAACACCUGUCUGUUAUUUCUUUCCUGGCAUGGUUUAUGUGUCUAUUUAUCUUCUUUAGAGUGGUUGCUAGAAAUCAAUACAAACUUGAAUCAAACUGAUCAUAUUUAUUCUAUCCUAAUAUGAGUGACCAUUGAUGUGGAUGGUGACAGUGCCACUCUUCACAAGGUUUGAAAGCUGACUGAGUGGUUUGAGUGCGAAAAUUAUCUAAAUCGCAUGUUAUGACCUUCACAGUCACCAGAGCUUAACCUAGUUGAAAACCUACAGGAGAUUAUGAAGUGAUGAUGUUUAAACCUUGCUCUUCACCACCAUCACCAUCAUGUUGGAGGAAUGAUAUUAAUUUGUUCAGGACAGUUCCAGGGACUUGUGGAAGACCUUACUUAGACUUUUUUUUCACCUUUCACCUGUCUGUCUUCACAGUUCCAGGCAUGUAUAUGUAUCAUAUCAAGAAAAUAUAAUUUAUCAACAUGAAAACUUAAAGUAUAUUCUUUGACUUAUUGAUCGAUUGACUUACCUGCUAUCCCAGUGCUGCAUGGUCUGUAAUUGCAUAUUUGUGUCUUGCGAUUAAUGAUACAGUUCCUACGCUUGGUAAUAUGGUCAAAACCCAAAAUUCUGCAUCCAUAAGCGAACAAGCAAGUGAUGUAAAUUUCAGCAGCAAUAAAUCCUAUUCAGUCUUGUGUCCAAAAAACAAUCUUUCAAAGAUUUUUGAGCCACACUGUAGAUAUGCAAAAUCCAUAAAUGAAACUUGCUAUUUUGUUGGCAUGUUCAUGUAGGAGCAAAUACUUUUGAAGACAAAUAAUUAAAAACUUGUCUAUGUAAACCUGUUUAGGAGUCCUGUGGGUUUCAAAGUUAUUUUUAAGUGUAUUAUUUAUUCUGCUCCCUCAUCAAAGGUAAUCUGUUGCCUGUUUGUACAGGAUUUAUCAGCAUGACAUAUUUAUUGAUGAAAAGUUAUAGAUACAUAGUCAUACAUAGAUGUUGAUUUACGAACACAGACUCUGAGUUAGAGGUUCAGAGUCAGCAAUAGGCACAACCACACCUUAAAUUAAAAUUAAACAGAGAACAAUAUGGCUUUUAAAUGAAAAGCACAGCUGAUUUCAUUUUGUGUUGCCUUUUCAAUCACAUUGUUCUAUCCCAUUACCACAAUCCAUUGCUUAGCAUCAGUUUGUUUUUUUAAUGGGAUGCUGUUUGCAUUUUAAAAGCUUAUGUACUGACAAUUUGUUGUGGGAAAAGAAUAGAUUCAUGCAGAACGAAAAAUAUUAAUAUAUCGACAUAAAUGUUGAAAAUAAAGCGCAUAUCUCUGCAUAUGUUAUUUCUUCUGUUUAUUUGUGGAUCUAUAUAAUAUUUACACGCUGUAUGAAACAACAAGCUUCAUACAACUAAUACCAAACUCAAUAAAGUAGUGAUCACUGACAGAAGGAAAUGAUUCUUGCCUGUAGUCUUUCACUUUGGAUUUUUUUUAAAUGUUAGACAUCUAUUUAGAUAUAGAUACAGUUUUUGCAUCA